AUGAGUCUAGUGCUUUUCGACGAUGCUAUCAAACAUUUGUUGCGUAUUUCAAGAUUAAUUAAAUAACCAAGAUCCAAUGCUUUAUUGGUAGGAGUUGGUGGUUCAGGUAAAUAAUCCUUGACAAGAUUGGCUGCUGAUAUCUUGAAAAAUGUAUGCUAUUAAAUUAUUUUGACUAAAAAUUUCAGUGAGAAAGACUUGAAAGAAGAAAUUAAGAAAUUGUUUGAUUGGGCUGGCCAUCUUGGUAAAUAGGUUACAUUUAUAUUGACAGAUAGUGAAGUGAAGAAAGAGGAAUUCUUAGAAUAUAUCAAUAUGAUCUUAUCAACAGGAGAAGUGGCUGGUUUAUUGGCAAAGGAUGAAAAGGAAGUUUGGUUGGCUGAUGUCAGAAAUGAUUAUGUCAAAGAGAAACAAUUGGGUAAUAUUGAUCCUCCUUAGAGUGACUUAUAUGCCUAUUUGGUUGAUAGAAUAAGAGAUAAUUUGCAUAUUAUUUUGUGCUUCUCACCAGUAGGUUAGAAAUUCAGAGACAGAUCUCGUAAAUUCCCAGCUUUGUUCAAUGAAUGUACAAUUGAUUGGUUCUUGCCAUGGCCUGAAGCUGCUUUGGUUAGUGUUGCUGAAACAUUCAUCAAGAAUUUCAAAGAAUUAGAUACAACUAAUGAUAUCAAGGAAGAAUUGAUGAAACAUAUGGGUAAUGUACAUAUUAUGGUUAACUCUGUUUGUGAACUUUACUUCCAAAAGAUGAGAAGACAAGUUUAUGUUACACCAAAGAGUUAUCUUUCUUAUUUGAAUUCUUAUAAGGAAUUGUAUUUGAAAAAAUAUGCUGAAUUAGAUCUUCAAGAAAAUUCAUACAAGAUUGGUUUGAAUAAGAUUAAUGAAGCAGCUAAACAAAUAGAAAAGAUGGGUGUUUCUUUAAGAGAAGAAGAGGCUUAAUUAAAGGAAGCAUCAGAAAAGACUGAGAAAUUAUUAGAAGAUUUGGAGAAAGAAAGCAAAAAGGCCAAUUAAAAGAAUGAUGAAGUCGAGGCUACCACUGCUUAAUGUAUGAAAUAAGCAUAGAUGAUUGCAAGUGAGAAACAAGCUGCAGAGAAAGAUUUGGCUGCUGCUAUGCCUGCUCUCAUAAGAGCUUAAGAAGCCGUCGAUUCUUUGGAUAAGAAGGAUAUUGAUGAAAUGAAGGCCAUGAAGACUUUGAUGGACAUUAUGAAAGCCAUUAUAGACUCAAUUGUAGUUUAUUUCAUGGGUAAAUUAUUGCCAGUUCAAUCAUUCACUGUGAAGAUCAGUAAGGUUGAUUAUCAAUUCUUGAAAGAUUCAUUUGAUGAAGGUGGUAAAUCAGUACUUUUUGAUAUGAACUUCUUAAACAAGUUGAAGGGAUUUGAGAAAGAUGGUAUUAAUGAGGAAACUAUUGAAUUAUUGUAACCAUACAUGUCAUAAGAAUGGUUUAGUGAGGAGAAGGCUUAGAGUGCUUCAAAGGCUGCUUAAGGUCUAUUGAAGUGGGUUAAGGCUAUUUAUGAAUAUCAUGAGAAGUCAAAGAUCGUUAAGCCUAAGAAGGUCUAUUUGUAAAUUUAAGAAGGUCGUCUUGAAGUGGCAAGAAAGGAAUUGGCAAAGGCUGAAAGAGAUUUGAAUGAAAUCAAGGAGUAUUUGGCUAAAUUGAAGGAGACAUUCAACAAGUAAAUGGAAGAGAAAUCAUUUUUGGAACAAAAAUCAAAUAAAACUAAAAAGAGAAUUACUACAGCUAGAUAAUUGAUUGAAUCACUUUCAGAUGAAAAGGCUAGAUGGGGAUAAGGAGCCACAGAAAUAGCUGAUCAAAAACGCAAAUUAAUUGGUAAUUGUUCAUUGGCUACCUCAUUUAUUUCUUAUUGUGGUCCAUUCAAUGCAGAAUAUAGAUAGUUAUUGGCAGGAGACUAUUUCGUAAAUGAUCAAAAGAGAAGAGGUGUUCCAGUUACACCAGGAUUGAAUCUGACAUAGUUUUUAGUCGAUGAUGCCACAGUAGGAGAAUGGAACUUAUAGGGAUUACCUAAAGAUGAAUUGUCCAUUCAAAAUGGUAUCAUGGUUACCAAUUCAACCAGAUAUCCUUUGUUAAUUGAUCCAUAAGGACAAGGUAAUUACUGGAUCAGAUAAAAGUUCGCUGACAAAAUUGAACCCUUCAGAUGCAUUACUACAUUGAAUCAUCCUAAAUUCAAAGAUAACUUCUUAAAACCAUGUAUGUAAGAUGGAUUAUGUUUGAUUAUUGAAAAUAUCGAGAAUGAAGUAGAUCCUAUGUUGGAUCCAGUUCUUGAAAAGUAAAUCUAAGUCAAAGCCAAGAAAAAUAAGUAUAUUGAAGUUGGAGGUACAUAAAUGGACUUUGAUGAUGGAUUUAAAUUGUUUAUGUUUUGUAGAUUAGCCAAUCCUACAUUCUCUCCUGAAUUAUCAGCCAAGACAACCAUCAUUGACUUUACUGUUACUCAAGGUGGUUUAGAAUAAUAAUUGUUGGGUAAGGUCAUCAGUAAAGAAUAAAAAGCUUUGGAAGACUCUCUCAAUUAAUUAUUGGCAGAUGUCAAUUAAAAUAAGAAAGAUCUAUAAAGAUUAGAUAAGAAUUUGUUAGAAAGAUUGACUCAAUCUUCUGGUAAUCUUUUGGAAGACGAAGGUUUGAUUGAAGUGUUGGGAAGUACAAAGACUUAAGCCAAAGAAGUUUCAGUGAAAUUGUUGGAUGCUGAAGUCAAGACCAGAGAAAUUAAUGAAAAGAGAGAAUAAUAUAGACCAGUUGCAAUCAGAGGUUCAGCCUUGUAUUUCACUAUUUUGGAAGUCUCAUUAAUCAAUUGGAUGUAUAAUUCCUCUUUGGAACAAUUCUUGAAGUUGUUUAAUGAUUCUAUUGAUCAAUCUGAAAGAAAUACAUUACCCUCUAAAAGAGUUGAUAACAUCAUUAAAUAUCUCACCUUCUAUGUUUAUAAGUAUGUCAAUAGAGGUCUAUUUGAAAAGGAUAAGAUUUCAUUCAUUUUAAUGAUGUGUUUCAAAGUUAAACAAACAGACAAAAAAAUUAAUGCUGGAGAUGUAUCACAAUUCUUGAAGAGUGGUGCAGCUUUGGAUGCAAAAGCAGAAAAACAGAAACCAUUCUAAUUCUUGGAUGAGAAAUAAUGGCUCAACAUUUUAGCCUUGUCUAGACAUCAUUUCAAUGGAGAUCAAAUGGCCUUCUUUAGAGAUCUACCAGAAUCCAUUUCUAGAAAUGAACAACAAUGGAGAUAAUGGAAUGAUAGAAAUGAUCCUGAAAAUUCACCAAUUCCAGAUUUUGCUGAACGUAUAGCAGCAGACAAAGAAAUUGGUCCAUUCAUUUCCUUAUGUCUCGUAAGAUCACUUAAAGAAGAUAGAACCUUAGUUGCUGCUACUCAUUUUAUUAAUGCAACUCUUGGCAAAGAAUUUACUGCUCCUAUUUCAUAUCCUAUUGAUUCUAUUUGGGCAGAAAGUUCCAAAACUGAUCCAGUAUUAUUCUUAUUGUCUGCUGGUGCUGAUCCUACUUCAUCUAUAGAUGAUCUCUCAAGAAAGAAGAGAAAAGUAUUUUGUGAAAAAGUGUCAAUGGGAGAAGGUCAAGAAGAAGCUGCCAGAAGAGUCAUUAAGAAUGGUUUCGAAACUGGUAUGUGGGUUAUUCUCUAAAAUUGUCAUUUGGGUCUUAAAUUCAUGGAAGAAAUCGAAACCAUUGUUAAUCCAGAGGCAACCAUAAAUGAUGACUUCAGAUUGUGGAUUACCUGUGAAUAACAUCCUAGAUUCCCAUUGGGUCUAUUACAAAAGACUAUCAAAGUUACAAAUGAACCACCUAAGGGAUUGAAGGCAGGUUUAUAUAAGACCUUUACUACAAUCAUCACCUAAGAAUUCUUGGAAAAGGUCGAACAUCCAAAUUGGAGAAGUCUUAUCUAUACAAUUUGUUUCUUACAUUCAAUUGUCAUUGAAAGACGUAAGUUCGGUCCUCUUGGAUGGUGUGUACCUUACGAAUUUAAUAAUCCAGAUCUUGAAGCCUCCCUUGCAUUUAUUGAAAAAUACUUGAAUUCAUUCCUUAGUGGACCUCCUUCAUAAUCACCAAACUUGAACUUGAAUAUGAAUGUCAUUAGAUACAUGAUUUGUGAAGUGCAAUAUGGUGGUCGUAUUACUGAUGAUUUGGAUAGAGAAUUGUUUAAUGCCUAUGGUGAAGAUUACUUAAAGGAAGCAAUCUUUGGAAAUGAGUAUGUUAUAGCUGAAGCACCAUUUGAUGCAGGAGGUGGUACUAAACCAACUAAAUUCUAAUACAAAAUCCCUGCCACAACUUAAAUGCCAGAACUCAUUAAGUAUCACGAUGUCAUUAAGUAAUUACCAGACAUUGAUAAUCCUGAAGUAUUUGGAUUACAUGUUAAUGCUGAUAUUACAUUUAGAAAGAAAGAAUCUACUGAGAUGAUUAUAACAAUUAUGGACACUAGACCAAAGGAUUCCGGCGGUGGCGGUGGAAAAACAAGAGAAGAAAUAGUCUAGGAUAAAGCUAGAGAGUUAUUAGCUAAAUUACCCUCAGACUAUGUUGAUCUGGAAGUUAGAGAACAAGUUCGUAAAUUAGCAGGUCCAAAGAAUCUUCCAGAUAAGGGAUUGACUGUGCCACUUAACAUUUUCUUAUAUCAAGAAAUCCAAAGAAUGCAAAUAGUUAUUGCCAUUUGCAGAAAAACAUUGUCAGAUGUCAUUGAUGCAAUUGAUGGACAGAUCAUCAUGACUCCUGAUAUUUUAGAUGCUAUCAAUUCGAUGUAUGAUGCCAAAGUACCUCUUACUUGGGUUUAUGAUGCUACAGGUGUCGAAAUCUCAUGGAUCUUGCCCACUCUAGGAGCAUGGUUCAGUUCAUUGAUAGAUCGUAAUAAACAAUUAAAUGAUUGGUUGAAGAGCAACAGACCCAAUCACUUUUGGCUUGGUGGUUUCUUCAAUCCUCAAGGGUUCUUGACUGCAGUCAAAUAAGAAGUCACUCGUAUGCACAAGGGCAAACCAGGAGACAAGGAUGCUUGGUCAUUGGAUGAUGUUGUACAAUCCACAUAAGUUAAAGAAAGAGAAUAUGAACAAAUCAGAGAUAUUCAAUCAGAAGGUGUCUAUGUGAGUGGAUUAUCUCUUGAGGGAUGCAAAUGGAGUAGAAAUGGACUUGAUGAGUCUGAACCUAAGAAGAUGUUUGCUCCUUUGCCCAUCCUUUAUGUCACUGCUAUCAAUAAGAAGAAGGGUGCUGAUGCUGAAAAGAAUUCUUCAACUUACAGUUGUCCUGUUUAUAAGUAUCCAAGAAGAACUGACAAAUAUCUCAUUUGUAGAGUUGGAUUGCCUUGUGAAGGUACAGGUGCUCAUAAAUGGAAGUUAAGAGGAGUUGCACUCUUAUGCUCAACCGAAUGAGAUUUUGAUAAAUAUAUUAUAUUAUUAUUAUAUAAACAAUGACAAUAAUAUUUUUUA